AAGGGUUUUAGAAGCAUCUUCGACGAGACAGUUUUGAAGGAUUCAGAAACCGCCAGGUCUUCCCGGUGAAAUUGAGCUCGCCGGAGCUGUAACUGAGAUCAUUGGGGAGGGGGAGGUCAUGGCAUAUGCUCGAGCGCGGGACUUCUUGUUCUGUGAGAUAUGUGGGACAACGCUGUAUUUGGUAUCAACCAAGCAUGCUGAAUGCCCCUUGUGCAAGUCUAGGAAAAACGCAAAAGAGAUUCUGGGCAAGGAAAUAUCAUACAGAAUCACAACUCAGGAUAUUAAGAGGGAACUUGGCAUUAAACUAUUUGACGAAGAGACAGACACUGGGAAAUCAGGCGCACGGAUGAUAAAGAAGGCUUGUGAUAAAUGUGGAAAUCCAGAGCUUGAAUACACUACUAGACAGAUGAGAUCGGCGGAUGAAGGGCAGACUGUAUUCUACCACUGCCCCAAAUGUAAUCAUCAAAGUCAAGAAAACUGAGUUUCUGAGUUGAUCUUCCCAAUAUUGGAGCUUUUGAGCACAGGAAUUGUUUGAAUGUGUAUUUUCACUAUUUUGUCAUUGAUUCAGUUUGUAUU